AUGGGGGGCGACGAGGAAAAGACGAUAGGUCUCGAUGGGACUGAGCACCCAGCAUCGAAAGAGGAAGUCAUGCCAUCUGGGAGGUGUCCAAGUCGUGGGCGGCGGUCGCGAGGAAGUCGGGAUUUGAAGAGGGUGGCAUCGCAUCACUCGAGAGCUGGUGCAGAUGGCUACACUUGGCAUCAUGACGCAGAUGAGAGCAGCCAACGACCGAAUAGAGCCAGGGCUGGGGUCGUGACUCCAGAGCCGUACCGGGUUUCAUUUGAUGGCGAUGCAGACCCGGAGAACCCACGGAGCAUGUCAACCCUCAGACGCUGGGCCAUCGUGCUGAUCUGUAGCGCUAGCUCACUUUGUGUGACUUGCACAUCAUCGCUGUACACAUCGACGUAUGGCCAGCUAGAAAGCGAGUUCGGAUCUUCUCGGCUUGUUUGCACGCUUGGUCUUUCGCUCUUUGUCGCUGGGCUUGGAACUGGUCCGAUGAUUCUAUCUCCGCUCUCUGAGUUCUUCGGCCGACGGCCGAUCUACAUUGGGUCAUUUACGUUCUUCCUCAUCUGGCUCAUCCCAUGUGCGGUUGCCCGGAACAUUCAAACCAUGUUGAUCGCAAGAUUCCUAGAUGGCCUCGCAGGCUCUGCCUUUCUCAGUGUUGCGGGUGGCACCGUGGGAGACAUGUUUGCAAAGCACGAACUAUCCGCACCGAUGAUGGUAUAUACGGCAUCACCGUUCAUAGGGCCUGAAAUUGGGCCGCUUGUUGGUGGAUUCAUUGUUGAGAACACCUCGUGGCGAUGGUGCUUCUAUGUACUCAUCAUCUGGUCCGCACUUCAGCUUCUCCUGAUUGUCUUGUUCGUGCCUGAAACGUACCACCCCGUCCUGCUUCGGCGCAAAGCGAUUCGCUUGCGAGAGGAAACGGGCAACGAGGAAUGGAUCGCGCCUAUCGAGAAGAUGGACCGAUCCAUUGCUAAGACAGUGCUCUGGUCAUGCAUCCGCCCAUUCCAGCUCCUCUUCUUCGAACCAAUAUGCCUCAGCCUGUGCAUACUCUCUGCCAUAUUACUCGGGAUUCUGUACCUUUUCUUCGGUGCGUUCCCAUUGGUCUUCCGUACGAAUCACGGUUUCAGCAUCGCCCAAGUUGGUCUUGCGUUCCUGGGCCUGCUUGCGGGCAUGCUUGCAGGCAUCUCUACCGACCCAAUGUGGAGGCGAGUGUACGGCAGGCUCGUGCGUCAACGAGAGACGCAAGGGGGAGAGCCCGGUGGCUCAGAACCAGAGUUUCGGCUCCCAUCGACGAUACUUGGCGCUUGGGUCGUCCCGAUUGCACUUUUCGGGUUUGGAUGGACGACGUAUUCGUCGGUGCACUGGAUGGUUCCCAUUGUGUUUUCUGGUAUCUUUGGCGUGGGAGUCAUCUGGGUCUACGCAGGCGUGUUCACCUUCCUUGUCGAAGCAUACCCUUUGUACGCUGCAAGUGCCCUAGCUGCGAACUCAUUCGCAAGGUCGUACUUUGCAGCGGCCUUCCCUCUGUUCGGUGUUCAGAUGUACAACAAUCUUGGGUACCAGUGGGCGACAUCCCUGCUCGCGUUCCUUGCCCUAGCCAUGGCCCCAUUUCCCAUUCUCUUCUUUCGAUUCGGCAAGCGGCUCAGGGGCAGCAGUAAGUUUGCAUCAGCAUAG